UCACUUCUCAUCUGGGGGAGCAGGCUAGCUAAGCUCAGCUCAGCUCAGCCAGCCAUGGCUCACCCCUACCACUAUUCCUCUUAUCCCUACCCUUCCUAUUACGAUUACGAUUACGAUUACGGGCCGUCUGCCGAAGACUACCCGUCCGCCUCCGCCUCCGCCUCGGCCUCUGCCGCUCGCUCAGGCAGAUGCGAGCAUUGUGGCAAGUACGGGCACGCAUCGGAAAAGUGCUGGUUUCUCUCACAGAAUGCACAUAAGAAGCCGGCUCAUUGGCUUCCUCCCCCUCAAGACAUGGACACCACCAGCAGCAGCUACGCCUCGACCAGUCGGCGUCCUCCGCCUCGCCCCUCCAACCUACAGGACUCGAUGACCGAGCUAAGGGAUAGAGUGCAUGGCGGUGCGGCUUCAUCUUCUUCAACGCACCCAACCCGCAGUCCUCAGGAUCGACGAUCACCACCACCGCCUCCUCCUCGCGCGCCUUACGCGAGCACAUCGUCGUCUUCGGCCAGGCCAGAGCGCGGACCGAAUGGCAUCGCGGUGGACUCUGGCUGGGGGCGUAGGGCUUCUAUCCUGAAUGAAGGGGCCAGGUCGCCACGCCAGGCGGAGGUGCUGGACCCGCGACGUCGAGGCGCAUCAGUCAGGAGGCCCGCGGAGGAGGGCGAGAUCAUGUCAGAGGUGUCGUCUUUGAGAAGUGAAGCGCAAUCGAGGGAUCGCGGUGGACCACCGCACAACGGCGAGAAUAGGACCCGCAGAGAUCCUCGCCUCGAGGAGCGUCAGAAGCGUCGCGGUAGUGAUGAAAGCGCUCGCAAGCAUCAAGCUCACACAGGCUCAUCCGCCGACUUGCAACAGCAUCUACAGGACCAAUUUGAAGUCGUAGAGAGGCGCAACGAACACCUUUCCACCAUCGUCAAUCGGCCUUGGCCACAACAGCCCUACUCUCGAACCCAGCUCGCCUCGACGCUCUUCUCCGCCAUUACUCGUCUCGUGCCCCUAGCAGAGGAGCUAGACAGGAAGCAGGUCGAGCUGGAUGACGCAGUCCAGUGGGUCGAGCUGAACAAGGACGAAGCAGGAGCACAGGAGACCAUCAGUCAGUUCGAGAAGGAGACGCGCGCCGAGCUUCAGAAGGCGGUCGAGGAAGCUCGCUCGGCGAUGGAGCCUGUUCAGCGCGAAUUCACACAGGCUCUGAUGCAGCUGGUCGACUACAAGUGGAUGAUCGAAGCUGCUCAGCAAAGUUCGGCGAAGAACAUCCUUCAUAUCUGCCAGGAGAUGCAGGACGAGUACCGGACCGCCUUCCAGAAGCUGGACCUCGACAGGAAGGCGAGCAUUGAGCGGGCGAGCAGAGAGGCGAGUGAUCAGCCACGACGCAUCUCACCUCGGCCAAUCGCAGCAGAGGAUGCCCCGCCGGCGGGCGCGGAGGCGUCUACAUCAGCAACAGCCACGGCGCCGGCGAGGACGACGACGACCGAAGGCGCCGCGACUGCACCGUCUGCUCGAACAGACGACGCCGUGCGUGCUCUGCGCAAUGCGCUCAAGGGAAUGCAGCGUCGACUGGAUCGCAUGGAGGAGGAGACGGACGCCACGAACGAGGAGGCGCAUGCUAUGCAGGCGGAAAUGGUGGACAACGUGGCAUGGGAAGCGAGAGAAGCGGUCAAGGCCGAGAUCCACGCGAUGCGAGAGAGGAAGAGGCGGCGGGUGGAAGUGAGCGAAGGUACCGGCGAGGGUACGCCUGCAACGGCGGCGACGGCAGGGCAGGAAGGCGCGCGCACAGCAUCGCCUGCCGCGCCUCGAGAGGAUCAAGACGAAACGAUGACGCAGGUAGCAAGCACGUCGGCCGUGCCCCCUCCCGCAGAACGCCCGUCGAGCUCCUCACUCACCUCGGCAGCACCCGCCUCAACCAGCAUCGACCUCGAAGCCCUCUCCGCCUCUCUUCAACCGCGCAUCGACUCCUCCAUCGAGACCAUCCGCACUGAAAUCCUCGAACUCGCCCAUCAGAAAGCUAGAGAAGACGCGAGCGCGAUCGAGGAGCGCGUCAAAUCCGCCUUUAAGGCCGUUGAGCAGGAAUUCACCAAAGUCCGAGCUCACACGGAGGAACGCUUCGACUUCCUUGCGGCAGAGAUGUUGCGGAAAGACAAUGAGUGGAAGGAGCGUUUCGCGAGGUACGAGGCUAUGCAGAGUGAGACGAAUGAGGGGCUCAAGAGGCUUGCCGGUGGGCAUGCGAGUACGAGGCAGUUGCUCAUGGCCAUGAUCCCCACGGUCAACCAAAUUGCACUGCCCCAGCGAACAGCAUCGACUGGCGCCACCCCGAGCGCCCCACCUCAUCCUCAGCCGCGACCGCAGUCUCUGCAGCCUACGCUAACCCUUCGCCCGGGGCAGGGACUUCAGACGUCCCCCUUCAUGAUGCAUCGAGGUAGCGCUCCGGUGUCGAAUGGCCGAACGCACAGUGCUGGAUCUGCAUCGAGUAGUCCGUCCGUGGCUCACUCACAGCCGCGCCAGCAGCAGGCCGCUCUCCAGUAUUUCGGUCAACCGCCGAUCCAUCAUCAGCAAGCGCUUCAGCAGCAGCAGCAACAGAACGCGAACCUUCAGAUGCAGCCCCAGACCCAGCAGCAGCAGCAACAACAGCAGGCCCAGAUGCCGAGCACAGAGUGAGCACGCGAACACGAAGCAAGACUUCCGCCCCUGAGUUCCCCUGGCCAGCACCCGCUCAUCCAUUCUCCUCAUCCUCUCUCCUCUCCUCUCUCUCCACGCGCCUCCUCCGCAGGAUCGACCCGCACCUAAUCAUCUUCAAAAUGAUGGGCGACUACUUCAAGCACAUCCCCC